UUUUAUGACGAGAAAAAAAAUUCAUUUCUUGAAGCAAUAUUCUUUAUAUAUGUUAUGGAAAAUGCUAAACAGUGCCCCCAGGGCACUAGUUAAGCAUGUUAAAAUAGAAAUUUUGUCUCGAAAUGCGUGCAUUCAAUGCCUCAAAAGUAUAAAAAGUUGUCUUUUCAAUAUAAAUUUUAUUUUUUAUUUCCUUUUUAGGUAUGCUUAACAAGUGCCCCGGGGGCACUAUUUAGCAUGACCCAUAUGUUAUUAUAUAUACAUGUUUGUAUAACUCAUACAUAAAUAUCCCUCGUCCAAAAAAAAAAACCCGGAGUAUAUAGUAUCCAUUAGAACCUCAAACAAAAAAGAAAAGAAAUAGUAUCCAUCAGCUAUAAUCUCAAUUUUAUUUUGGUGGUAAAAUUAUGAUGAGAAACUGUAUUAUUCUUAUAUUUCAUGUAUUGUUGGUGUUGUCCUUAAUUGUUGGGUUCAACUCAUCAGCAGAAAAUAGAGACACAAAGUGCAAAGAGAAUGAGAGACAUGCACUGCUCAAGUUCAAACAAGGCCUUCAAGAUGAGUAUGGCAUGUUGUCCACAUGGGAUGAAGGUUCAAAUGCAGAUUGUUGCAAAUGGAAAGGAGUUCAAUGCAACAACCAAACAGGUUAUGUUCAAAGUCUUGAUCUACAUGGUUCGGAAGCACGUUAUUUGAGUGGUCAAAUUGAUCCUUCAAUAACUGAGCUACAACAUCUAAAAUAUUUAGAUCUUGGCUUUUUGAAUAAUAGCGGUCAAAUUCCAAAAUUUAUUGGCUCCUUUAGCAAGUUACUACACCUUGAUCUCUCAAGUGGUGAUUAUGAUGGGAAGAUUCCUUCUCAACUUGGAAAAUUAUCACAAUUGCGUCAUCUUGAUCUUAGCUCCAAUAAUCUUAUUGGAACUAUCCCAUUUCAACUUGGGAAUCUCUCCCAAUUGCGACACCUUGAUCUUAGCCGGAACGGACUCAUUGGAGUAAUCCCUUUCCAACUCGGGAAUCUUUCAUUGUUGCAGUCUCUUUUACUCCAAUACAAUUCUGAUCUAAGAAUCAACAACCAAAUUCAAGGAAAUGUUGAGUGGUUAUCGAAUCUUUCUUCUUUGAGAAAUCUUGACUUGACUGAAGUUCAAGGUCUCAACGAUUCUUCGCAUCACACCUUGGAAUUCUUAGCGAAGCUUCCAGUCCUUAAAGAGUUGCACCUAACUAGUUGCGGCCUUUCUGAUGCCAAUAUCCUACCCUUAUUUGAUUCCCAAAAUAACUUUUCCACUUCUCUUACUGUCCUUGAUCUUGCUGAGAAUCAUUUAACAUCUUCGAUGAUAUUCCAUUGGGUGCUUAACUACAGCUCCAAUCUUCAAGAGCUCACCCUUUCAAUGAACUCGUUAAAAGGUACCAUCCCUGAUGAUUUUGGAAACAUAAUGCAUUCACUUGUGAAUCUCUAUCUGCAUACGAAUAGUCUUGAAGGCAAGAUCCCUAAAUCUAUUGGGAAUAUAUGCACCUUGCGGGAUUUUCAAGCUCAUCAAAACCACUUGAGCGGAGAGAUUUCAGACUUUAUCACACAAAAUAACUAUUCUCACUGCAUUGGAAAUGUAUCCUCAUUACAGAUACUAUUCUUACCGGAUAAUCAGAUUUCAGGCAUGUUACCUGACCUUUCAACUCUUUCAUCUUUGAGAUGGUUGGUGCUUGCUGGAAAUGAAUUCAUUGGAAAAAUACCAAUGAGCAUCGGAUCACUUACGGAGUUAGAGUUGUUGAACCUGGGCUAUAACUCUUUUGAAGGUGUCGUCUCUGAAUCUCAUUUCGCUAACCUCUCCAAGUUAAGUGAUUUAGAUUUGUCUAACAACUCGUUGACUAUGGAUGUUAGUGAUGACUGGGUUCCACCUUUUCAAUUAGGAAGUUUGGAUCUAUCAUAUUGUAAUAUGAAUUCAAGAUUUCCUAAUUGGCUUCAAACACAAAACAACUUAUUUGAUCUUGACCUUUCAAAUGUCAAUAACCUACCUCUGAUACCUACUUGGUUUUGGGGAAAAUUGCAAACACUAAAGUUCUUGUACAUUUCAAACAGCAAUAUUACUGGCAGGAUUCCCAAUUUGGAUCUCAAUCUCAGUACCAACUAUCCUCCUAUAAUAGAUUUGAGUUCAAAUCAACUUGAAGGUACCAUUCCUUCUUUUUUAUUGCAAGCAGCAGGACUGUAUCUUUCCAAUAAUAAAUUUUCGGAUUUAGCUCCCUUACUGUGCAACAAAAGUAGGCCCAACAUUUUGGGAGUUUUGGAUAUAUCAAACAAUGAAUUAAAGGGAGAGUUGCCUGAUUGUUGGAAUAAUUUAACCUCCUUACAAUAUGUUGAUCUGAGCAAUAACAAGUUGUCGGGAAAUAUUCCGUUCUCAAUGGGUGCCCUUGUUAACAUGCAAGCUUUGGUUUUAAGAAAUAACAGUUUGAGUGGACAACUUACUUCCUCGUUGAAGAAUUGCUCAGAAAAGUUGGUUUUGUUGGACCUUGGACAGAAUAAGUUUUAUGGUCCAUUACCUUCAUGGAUUGGAGACAAUUUACACCAAUUACUAAUUUUAAGUCUUCGAUUCAAUAAUUUCUCUGGAAGUUUACCUUCAAACCUUUGUGAUUUGAGAGAACUUCAAGUCUUGGAUCUGUCACUAAAUAGUUUAUCUGGUAGAAUUCCAGCAUGUGUUAAGAAUUUUACUUCAAUGACCCAAGACACUGUGAGCUUAACUUCAUCAGCUUAUCAUUUUUAUCAAAUCAAUUUCACUAAUGGUUGGUAUACUGCACAUUAUCGUUUCGACAUAUCCUUAGUUUGGAAAGGUGUUGACCAUCAUUUCAUAGGUGCAGAUAGGCUUUUAAAAAGUAUUGAUCUUUCAAGCAACCAUCUAACAGGGGAAAUACCAACUGAGAUUGAGUACUUAUUUGGAUUGAUUUCCUUAAAUUUGUCAAGGAAUAAUCUCACUGGAGAAAUCACUUCAAAUAUUGGUUACUUAAAGUCACUAGAUGCUCUUGAUCUGUCGAGAAAUCAUCUGUCAGGAACAAUUCCUUCCAGUUUAGCUCAAAUUGAUCGUCUCUCUGUGUUGGAUUUGUCAAACAAUCAGCUCAAUGGAAAAAUUCCAAUUGGAACGCAGCUGCAGACAUUUAACGCUUCAUGUUUUGAAGGAAAUUCUAAUCUUUGUGGAGAACCCCUUGAUACAAAAUGUCCUGGAGAAGACCCAGAAAAACCUCAAAAGCCACCGGUUGAUGCAAGUGAUGACAAUUCUAUAUUUUUAGAAGCAUUAUACAUGAGCAUGGGGCUAGGAUUCUUUACUAGUAUCAUUUGCUUGGUAGGCUCAAUAUUGUUACUGCCGUCUUGGAGAGAAACUUACUUCAGAUUCUUGAACAUUUAGAUUGAAUAUCUUCACAUGGUGGAAGCAGUGAAUACACCUCUCUAGGAUGAGCAGGAUCUUUCUACCAAAUGUAAUGUACUAAAAUUAGUUUUGCUGUUAUAUAUAUAGAGUAAUGUGGAUUGGCUAUCAUUGUUUGUGGCAUUUUGUUAAAUUUUAGUUUGUUUUGUUAUUGUUAGGCUUUCAAGUUUUGCAGUUUGUGUAUGGAAAUGUUAAUAAUGUUUCUGCUAUCAAGUUAAUAAUGUAAAAGUCAUCAGUGGCUUAUAUUUAAUUUCUUUACUAGCAGAAUUGUUCACUCAUUUAUGCCUUUGUUAAAAAUAAAAGGCUUAAAUGCAGUUUUGGCCCCCCAAGUUUCACAAUUGCUUGAUUUUGGCCCCCCACAUUUUAAUUGCUUGAUUUUAACCCCCUAAGUUUCACAA